UUACUAUCUGUUAUCUUAUCAUGCAGUUUUUUGAGGUUAGCUCUUUUUGUGCAUUCCUUGCACUAGUCGUCUGUUUUGAGGGAUCUGAUGCAGAACCACACACUGAAGACGAUGAUUUGAUGAAAAAUAUCUCGGACCUACAUUUCCAACUGUUUUCUUCCAUUCAAAAGAAAACCAAAAUGAUAAAGACAACUGUUUUUGAAACUCAGUGCAGUGGAUCAGGCUGUACCUUCAAUGGUUGCGAGUCUAGUGGAUCCGAAACCUGUGAUGGACAGAUGUUCACAAAGUUAAAUAAGAUCCAAUCAAGUAUUAACAACAUUUGGAAAAGGAAACCAGCACCUAAUGUUUGUAAACAAGGAUGGAAACGUUACGAUGGCCACUGUUAUCAUUUAUUUAAUACAAAAAUGAACUGGUUUCAAGCACAGAUUUUCUGCAGAAAACAAGGAACAACGCUGCUACAAAUCAAUAAUGCAAGUGAAAAUAAUUGGCUUACAAAGAAUUUCCCAAAUGUGUAUUAUUGGAUUGAUUUCACUGACAUUGGCACGGAGGGAAAAUGGGUGACAUUUUCAACAGGGAAAAGUGAGUACACGAGUUGGGACCGUGCACAACCUGAUAAUGGCGGCGGUCAUCAACACUGUGCACUAAACAAUUUCUCAAAUCGCGCUGGACGUUGGGACGAUGAAGGAUGUAAAAAAUCAUUUCAAGUCUUCUGUGAAGCACCAGGUUCUGAAUUCUGAUCACGGGAAGAUGGAAUAUGUGCAGAAAGUUUAUGUGAUUGGAGUCAUAUGAAUUUAUUACAUAAAAAAAUCCUUGAGUAUUUUUAUUGGUUUUUUGUAGAC